AUGCUUGUCGCUGCGAAUCCCGCCCCAUCGUACACCAACCCCGACCCUCGCGCCGUGGCGAUCGUCGGGAUGUCAAUCUCUGCUCCCGGUGGGGAGGGUGUUGACCACGGACUGGACACUGAAGAAUUCUACGAGUUCUUAUCUCGGCGCGGUAUAGGGACAAUUAAAGUUCCUGCAGACAGAUGGAACGCGGACGCCUUUCAUGGGACAGGCCCUGGCCAAAUUUGCACGACGACAGGUUGUUUCAUUGCAGAUAUUAACUGGAAUGAUCCUCAAGAACUCGGUAUCAAUGCCGACGAAGCCAAUCAAAUGGCGAUUACUCAGCUAGGCGCCCUCCACCAGGCCUUCAACGCGCUCCAGCGCUCUGGUGUAGAUUUCCGCGGCACAACAACUGGUGUAUACGUCGGCUGCGCAUCGCCAGGUCGGCCCUGCGAGCCCGAUCCUACCGAGUGCCGGGAGUACUACAUGACCGGCAGUUCCUCGAGUAUCGUCGCGAACAGGAUCUCGUUCGUUUUCGAUAUGAUGGGGCCGUCGCUCCCCGUGGACACGGCGUGCUCAUCCAGUCUGACGGCGAUGCACCUGGCUUUGCAAGCGAUCCGAAAUGGCGAGUGCGACCAAGCUGUGGUUGCUGGCACAAAUGCGAUCAUAGGGCCGCUCGAGACGACCAGCUUCAGCGCUCUCGGCGUGCUUAGUCCGGAUGGCAUGUCGAAGUCGUUUGACGACUCUGCAAAUGGUUACUCCCGUGGCGACCUCAUGUCCGCAGUCGUCAUCAAGCGCCACGAUCUGGCUGUGGCAGAUGGAGACUACAUCCACGCCACGCUCGUCGGGUCCGCGCUGACCUCCUGUGGGUCGCUGAUGGGGUCCCUCACGACGCCGAGCGCCGAGGCGCAAAUCCUCGCGAUUCGGAAUGCGUACCGUGACGCACGGUUGUCUCCGUCUCAGGUGGACUUUAUUGAAUUGCACGGCACGGGGACGGUUGUUGGCGAUUCCAUCGAAGCUAAUGCUGCCGGAUCUGUGUUCUCCGAGGGCCGAAAUGGGCGCGAGAUUAUUAUGGGUUCAGUCAAGAGUAAUAUCGGACAUGGAGAAAUGGGGGCGUACAUGAGCUCGCUUAUCAAGACCGUUUUCAUGCUCGAGAAUAGCGUCGUCCUCCCGAACGGCUUCUUUGAGAAACCCUCUCAAAAGAUUAAAUUCCAAGAAUACAAUCUCCGCGUCCCUGUUGAGGUCGAGAAGCUCGAACCAGCAGAUCCAAACAACGGCAUUAUUGCCUCCAUCUCAAGUUUUGGAUUUGGAGGUGCCUGUGGACACACUGUCCUGCGGUCUCACGACAGACGACCAGUCCAUAAAGAUUUCGCCGAUGGCAACGCGAGAUCGGGGCCAUACCUCUUUGCAAUUGGCGGAUGGUCCCCGCGAGCCACGUCGCAUCUCGUGAAUACGUACAAGCAGGACUUCGCAAAUGUGUCCCCCUGGGCGUUGUCGGAACAUCUUGGAUCCCGCGCCCGUCAAGCACCGUUCAGAACAUUUGCGGUUGCCGACUCCAUCGCCGACUGCAAGUUCCCGGAUCCGGUUAUUGUAGCCAAGCGACCACCGCAUCUGAUACUGUCCUUCUCCGGGCAGGGUCCUCAGCACUGGGCUAUGGGAAGAGAGCUAUUCUCUCGAUUCUCUGUCUUCCGGGAAAGUAUAUUGGCAUCGGAUGCUGUUCACCGGGAAUAUACAGGGAGCUCGUUCAUCCACAGUACCGGGCUUUUCCUUCCGAAUGCCCCCGAGGACAGCUUACUCGAGAAGACUUUGCUGUGGCCCGCCGACGUCAUUUCUGUUGGAAUGGCUUUCUUCCAGAUCGCUCUUUUCGACCUUCUUACCUACCUUGGGGUGAAACCAGAUGCUCUUGUAGGCCACUCGCUCGGGGAGACAGCUGUUCUUUAUGCUUCGGGUGCUAUGCCUCGUGAGAUGGUAAUCAGGAUUGCAGUGGCUCGUGGGAGGGCCCUCCGACUUGUCGAUGGCAUCGGCGGUUCAAUGGUCGCUGUCGGCGGCUGUGAUGCCGAUACGGUCCAGGAUCACAUAGACGCGACUAUGGAUAUUGCGCCCCAAGGCAUCGUUGAACCCGGGGAUAGCUUGUACAUUGCGGCAUACAACAGUCUGACGGACAUCGGUGUCUCAGGACCCGAGAAGCUCAUUGACGAGCUGACAAAGUUCAUCUCCGACUGGGUUGAAGGUGUUAAAGCUACGAAGCUCCGUGUUAGCACGGCCGUCCAUUCACGAUAUGUCAACCCCUGCGAAGAGACGUACAGGAGGGAGCUUGAGGCCAUAUUUGCGCAGUACCCAGACCAUCAGGCACCUUCCAUACCAACCAUGUCAACGGUGACAGCAGACUGGGUAGAGGAGCAGUACAGCAUUGAUUACCUCUGGCGGAAUCUCCGCCAGCCUGUUCAAUUCGCUCCCGCGAUCUCAUCUCUGGUAGGAAAAUAUGGUGAAAUGACGAGUUUUGUGGAGAUCGCUCCGCAUCCAGUCCUGACUCCUUAUCUGAAAGCUCUUGGGGCUCAUGAAGUUGUAUCAGGGAGUAAGCGUCCGCCCUCGGCUCGGCACCUACAGUCCGGCGUCAAGCCGUACACCGAAGUCCACACUCUUCUGGAGUGUUUCGGUCAACUAAUGCUUGCCGGAGUGAAUUCGAUGAAUCUUGCCCGGCUCAAUGGGUGCCAACCGGACCGCGUCAAGGGUCCGGAAUACCCUUUCCAGAAAAAAUACCGGCCAUUUGCCACACUGAUCCCAAGCUAUGCCGCGAAACGCCUUCCUCGCCACAGGCCGCUGAACAGUGAAAGAUUGCGUGUCAGCCCUUUACUUCCAGAGCCUUGGAUGGCUGAUCACAUCAUCGAUGGAAGUGUGAUUAUUCCUGCCGCUGCUUACAUGGAAAUGCUCCUCGAGUUUCCCAACGUCACCGCUAUUUAUGACUGUAGUUUCGACGCCGCAUGUGUUCUGGAUCCUGCUGCAUCACCAGUGACUAUUGAGGUCAAGAAACUAGGAAACUUCGUCACUAUCAAAUCAUCAGAGGGACUAGAAACAAUGCAGGGGGACCUUAGUUGGACUGUGGCUGCGCCUAUCUUCGACACUCAACAUGCUUGCGGAAAGCUGGGAUAUGGCAUACCGCCCCUUGGACCUCGCACCAUUAGCCAUGUUGAUAUUGACGAAAUUCUUGCCCGAUGCCCUUAUUCGCACAGCAGAGAAGAACUCUAUGAUACUAUCUUCGCUGUUGCUCAGUUUGGGCCUGAAUUCAAGCGCAUCAACCGGGCUGUCUCGAAUGAAUGGGAAACCAUCUGUUGGAUCCGUGGAAGCACGGGACUCAACCAGCGAGAGUACCAUGUGCAUCCUACAAUCCUUGAUGCCUGUAUCCAAGGCGCUAUCAUUUUCAACCUACAGCACGAAAGGAUAAAUGUUGAUAAUGCCAACCGCGAAUUCCUGCUUCCUCAUAGCCUGGAGAGAGCCUUUCGCAACGACGGCAGCACUACUCCUCUGAAUCUUCCCGAUGAGACCAUGGUUUUGACCAGGCUCUUGGACUGGUCACCAGAUCGGUGGAUGUUGGAUGCGUACAUACUUGCGGAAAAUGGAGAUGUUCUAUUCACUAUUGAAGGUAUGUGGUUCGAAAAGGUGCAGCAAGGCUCGCUUUGGCCCGAGGCUCGGCUUGCCAUGGAGUGGUAUGUGAAUCCCACCAAUCUCUACCGGAUAGAUCACCAACCUCAGAUGAGGCAAACAUACGCCCUCCCGAGAGAUGAAGUUCUUGCCUCAAGAGUACUGAAGGGUAUUUCAUCCGAAGUCGAAGAAGUCGCCUUACUCCAGGCACUCGACCGCCUUGCUGUGAGCUGCACCCAGCAUUUCGUAUCGAGUUUGCCAUUAGAUUUUGCUGUUGCACUUCCUGACCGACAACGCUACCUGGAAUGGUGUAGGUCCCAAACCUUGAAACACGCUGUAGAACCUCCCGAGAAUGUGCUCUUCCCGCUGAAACUAAGGGAAAGAUUCAGAGUGUUGUUUGAGCUCUCUGAUCGGGUAGGCAAAGGCCAGAAAGAGAUCUGCUUGGAUUCCACGGCCGCCGUCGAUAUCCUCUUCAGCGACGACAUCAUGUCACGCAUCUACGAGUUCCCUCCAUUCAGGGGACCCAUUUUCGACUCAAUCCCCCAUGAAUUUGUUCGGCUUGUCAAUCGGAUCAGGGCAGCAGGAAAACGUGUCCUCCGGAUCUUGGAAGUUGGCGCUGGGACAGGCCGUCUGACAGCGAUUUUGGGACAGGCAUUUAAUUCUGCAGAUAUUGCUGAUGUUCACAUUGACUAUGUCUGCUCGGACAUAUCCAUAGCUCUUGCGCAAGAGGCAGCUGCUCACUGCCCGUGGCUUACGGUGACACCUAUGGCACUUGAUCUCAAUCUACCGCUGGGUGAACAAGGUGUCGACCUUGCCAGCUUUGACAUCGUCACGGCUUUCGACGUAAUCCACGCGACACCGUCCAUUCAGAGAUCGAUCGAGAGUCUCCGCAGCCUGCUCGUCCCCGGUGGCUAUCUUGCUGUCAUUGAACUUGAUGGGAAGUGCUUCGACACCGAGGCAGCCGGUAGCAUCUGGAUGGACUGGAUCUUUGGGAGCUUCCGCGAAUGGUUUGGAGUUUUGAAUAUGCGGGGACCUGCGGCUAAGCACUACAAUCAGGCCAACAUCGUGGACCACCUUAUGUUCUUCGCACAGGCAACUGAAAGCACUACUACUUGCUCCUCGCAUGGACAGUCAACUCCAAUGGAGGGGGCAUCAUUUAGUGUUGCAUCUUCUGACGACCGCAGUAAUGGACUCGUGACCCCCCCAGACGACGUCGCCACAGGGCUUCCAUCCCCGCUGAGGACAGAUAAACCCAAGGAUGACAAGAUCUCUGAUGACUCCCUGCAGUCUAUGAAGCCCAGUUCCCCUCCUACGACAGGACCACUUACCCCAGCGCCUAGUCUCCAUGAUGUACCAUCUGAGUCCGUCUCAAUCGUCACUGCGCUCCAAACGGCAUCACCGACUCGGGAUGCAUCGAUCCGCACCCUGGUGCACUCCUUUAAAGCCGGCGACGAGUUGGCCAUGGUGUCGUUCUUUUCAAGUCUCGAUACAGGAAUCGACUACACAAUCUGGCUCCAUGCAACUACGAAUGAAGAUGAUGCCACAAUCAUCGGCUUGACGCGUUCUGUACGACACGAAUUCGGGAUGUUCAAGAUACGUUUGGCUCUUUUCGACUCAAGCUGGUCGGCUGCUCGUCGGAACCAGUUCAUCCAUGCGCAUCUCAUCCCUCUGCCAUGGAUUGAUGCGGAAGUAUUGGUGGACAAGACUGGGUCAAUCAGCGUUCCACGGAUCGUUGCUGAAUCCGCCCCAUCGACUACCGUUUGCAUAGGUGAAAACCCUGUAUGCUUCGGAGUGGAGUCACGGAAGGUUACGCUGUGGCGGGCAUUCCCACCUCCACUUGGUCCAAAUGACGUUGAAGUACAAGUAUCUGGAAUUUGCAUCUCGUCGAUCUUCGAAAAUACGGCGGAAUUCUCAGGCAGGUUAUCUGCUCUAGGAUCUGAGGUCAAUGGAAGCAAAUAUUACAUUGGCCAGAGAGUUUGUGGCAUUGCAUGUUCUCCCAAGGGAAGUGUGAUCGUGACGGACGCUUCUCAUGUUGUUGCAAUACCAGACACCUGGAGCCUCUUCUCCGCUGCUGCCACUGUCGGCCGCAUAGCUCUUUCUAGCGUCGUAGGUGCCGUUGUUCAGCCUGCGUGUUCAAGGCAGACUCACGUCAUCUUCCAUGCCGGUUCCGGUUCAUCUGCUGCUGAAACUGUCUAUCGGGCAAUUCACAGCAAGAAAAGGAUCGAUAUCUACGUUACCGCUGACCCUCCUGUGGCUGGGAUCUUCACUGAACACGGACAGGUAGUGGUCCCGACAUCAGACACUGCUGCUUGGAGUCUUUCUAUCCGCCAAUGGUGCCCUGCCGGGUCGCAGUACGCACUCAUAUUCGAUUGCACCGAAGACAUUCUACGAGAAACUCUUUCUCUUCUCGGACCGCGUGGUACUCUAGUAUGCGUUGGAGUCAACGAAUCUGUUGCCCCCGGCAAUCUGAAACCAUCUCAAAGAUUUCUUUCCAUCUCGCACGAAGAGCUGGCAAGCGACUUGCCCUUAGAGGACUACAUCCCUGACAUCGACACCGCCCUGGCUGCGGAACUAAUUCCUGCAUAUUCUGUAGUGUCUCUACGGCACCUGCAGUCGGCGAAUGUCCAUAAACUAGUUACCUCUCGUCAAGGACCAGUCUUGGUGGAUUUCGAGCAGAAGUGUCCGAACCUACGCGUCCUGAAAGGUGGUGUAAUGCCUGGCACCCAUGCGUUCGAUCCCCGCAAAUCGUACGUGCUGAUUGGUGGCAUGGGGAGCUUGGGAGUUGUCCUCGCCAGAAUGAUCAUUGAAAUGGGUGCUCGUCAUGUGGUUCUUACCUCGCGAUCCGGAGAGAACCUCCCGGAUGGCAGGCUGAUCAGAGAAAAGAGAAUCGUCCGUUGGCUUCGUAGCCUUCCUGGCGUGCGAGUCGACCUUGAGGCUCUUGAUUGUCUUGACGCGGAGAACACAAAAGAUCUUUUCCGCUCCCUUCCCAACCCUGUUGGCGGCGUCUUCCAUCUCGCUGUAUGCCUCAAUGAUUCAUUGUUCACGAAUCUCACAACAGAAGAAGACUGGAGCAAAGUUUAUGAUGUCAAAGUCAAAGGUUUCCGGAUCCUUCUAGACGCUAUUAAUCACAAAGACGUGGAUUUCCUCGUACUUGCAUCGAGUAUGGCUGCGACCGUGGGAUCUCCGGGCCAAGCAAACUAUGCUGCUGCACAAACGUGGAUGGAAGCCAUCGCCACAAAGAUCCCGAAUGCGACUACCAUUGCAGUGCCCCCCCUUGUUGAUGGUGGUGUGUUCGUCAGGGCAAUGCCCAAGGGCAGUCGCAACGCAGCGCUUGAUAGAUAUACUGCCUUGGGCAUGAGUGGAUAUCAGCUGGCACAUCACUGCGUAGAAGCCAUCUGGUCUAUUGGUACUGAGAGACCUAUGUCUAACUACAUACCUUCCACCGACUGGAAGAUGCUGUUGGAACUCUCCACCCAAGAAUAUACGCAAUCGCUAAUACGACAUUUGGUCUCUAAGGACACUACUCGUUCAUCCCGGAAAAACAGUGAAGAGCAGACAAUUCGGGGCGCUUGUGCCGCUGUUCUCGCAUUGGAGCCCUGCGACAUCGAUGAUAGCGUCCCUCUCUCGAGCUACGGCCUCGAUUCGCUCACCUCAGUGCGGCUCUCCGGCCUUCUGAAACAGCACUUUGGGAUCGCAGUAACGCAAAUGCAGCUUCUGGGCGGCAGCAUGACCGUCGCCCGGCUGGAAACUAUGCGGGAGGAACAGGUUUCCGCCAAUGCGGUCUCCGGAGUCCAAGCCUCUGAUGCCAGCGACGAGCCCGAGGACACUCUGCAAGAGGAUAUGGCAAACACUGUCGUCCGUCUGAAUGAUGCCAAGGAAGGGAAGCCCGUCUUCAUUAUACAUGGAGCCGGCGGAGGAGUUCUCAUCCUGCAGAAGAUGGCGAAGUUGCUCAGCUUCCCUGUAUACGGCGUUCAAGAUACCGCAGAAGCUCCGGUCACCGGUACCCUUCGUCGUCUCUCAUCAUUCUACCUGCAGAAGAUCAGAGAAAAGCAACCUCAUGGUCCGUACCGGUUAGCGGGGUUCAGCUUUGGUACUGCAAUGGCGCUUGAUAUCGCUGUCAUACUCCGGGACGAGGGCGAGGAGGUAGAGUCAAUCGUCAUGAUUGACGGAUCUCCGACACUCUUUGAGCGGCCGAGCUUCAGCCAGUAUACGCUAUCUCAAGUUUCAAGCGGGGAUAUCCGCAAUGACAUCAUGGACAUGAUCGAAGAUAUGGCGCACGCCGGGAUCUUGGACCACGCCGAGGAUCUACCGUCGCAGUUUUCAGGUCAUCUUAUCAAAGGGGUAACGGGUUCUCCUUGGAUUCGUCGCUUCUGUUCUGCCUAUACGGCACAUCUGCUCAUGGGAGUUCGUGCGACGAUGUCACGACUCAAGGUUCUCGAAUCCCCGUCGCAACAGUCGUCGUGGCCAACAGAACAUACCGUCCUUAUCAAGGCGACGAACGGCGUAGCCACGCAAAGCUACGUCCAAGGAGCGUCCCCCUUAUUUGAUCUUGACAAGUACACCAAAAAGGUGAAGGUCUAUGAGCUGGACGGCUCUCAUUUCAGUAUCCUGCACCCGCGUACAGGUAUUGCUGAUGUUAUGGCACAUAUCUACCAGUAA